AUGAAUGCUGAGACGUGCGUCUCUUACUGCGACUCGCCCGCGGCCGCGAUGGACGCCUACUACAGCCCAGUCUCCUCGCAAAGCCGCGAGAGCUCGCCUUCUUUUCGGGCAUUCCCUGCGGCUGACAAGUUCAGCACCGCGUUCCUGGCGGCCAAGGGUCAGAGCUACGGUGAGGCCAAGUGCCGGGGCCGCUACACCCCUCAGCAGCAGCAGCCGCCGCCGCCGCCGCAGCAGCCCCAGCAGCAAGACGGGGCUGCGCCCCUGGAGAGCAGCGCGGGCCAGGCGCAAAGCGGCGCCGGGCCGCGGGGCUCCUUCAGCAAGUAUCCGCCGCCCCAGCCGCCCCAGCCCCAGCCUCCACCGCAUCUCUACCUGCAAAGGGGAUCUUGCAAAACGCCCCCGGACAGCAGCCUUAAGCUCCCAGAGGGCAGCGGUGGUCACAACGGGCCCCUGCAGGUCUCCUGCUACGCCAAAGAAAGUUCCUUGGGAGAAACUGAGAUAGCACCCAACUCUGACCCAGUGGGGAUGGACAGCAACUACCUCGGCAUGAAGGAGGCUGGGGUGAAGGGCUCCCAGGACAGGGCUGGCACAGACCUACCCAGCCCCAUGGAAAAGGCCGACUCAGAAAGCAACAAAGGGAAAAAGCGACGGAACCGUACUACCUUCACCAGCUACCAGCUGGAAGAGCUGGAGAAGGUCUUCCAGAAGACCCACUACCCAGACGUCUAUGCCCGAGAGCAACUGGCCAUGAGGACGGACCUCACCGAGGCUCGGGUGCAGGUCUGGUUCCAGAACCGACGGGCGAAAUGGAGGAAGCGGGAGAGGUUUGGGCAGAUACAGCAGGUUCGAACUCAUUUCUCUACGGCCUACGAGCUGCCCCUCCUUACCAGAGCUGAGAACUAUGCCCAGAUCCAGAAUCCAUCUUGGAUUGGUAAUAAUGGAGCAGCUUCUCCUGUCCCAGCCUGCGUGGUCCCCUGUGAUCCAGUGCCCACCUGCAUGUCUCCUCAUGCCCAUCCCCCUGGUGCCAGUGCUGGUGUCUCUGACUUCCUGAGUGUCUCCGGGGCCAGCAGCCACGUGGGCCAGACACACAUGGGCAGCCUCUUUGGGGCCACAGGCCUCAGCCCCGGCCUCAACGCUUAUGAGCUCAACAGUGAACCUGACCGGAAGAGCUCCAGCAUCGCGGCCCUACGGAUGAAGGCCAAAGAGCACAGUGCUGCCAUUUCUUGGGCCACAUGA